UUUCGAUCAUUUCAUGCUCUCUUCCAGAGUUCUCAACCCCUGAAAGAUCUUCUGACAAAUCCUGGCUCCAAUCAGCCGUCGCAGCUACGAUCCUAUCGAGAUUUGGUCUUGCGCCAGAGGGCGCGAAUUGCAAUUCGACACUGCAACCGUGGAGGCGUCAUCGUUCACUAUGCGAAUAGGUGAUUUGAAACGAGCCGUCGAAGAUGUGAUACUCAGGCCGGAUCAAAACACUCUGAACGAUAUCGAUAAACGCGAUACUAUAGCUGCGCUGGAUUUAUGUCAGCCAGAACCAUCACCACCACUGCCAACAUGUACACCAUCGGCUGCUUCAAUGAACGCUUGUUCGUGUUCCAGUGAAACUGUGCCAGUGGAUGUACCGCGUCCACCGCCUCCACUUUGCACUAGCACAAGUCUCGAUACGAUAGUGAAUCGUCCCCAGCCUGUGCUAUAUCGACAUUCCGCUGGUGUGUCGCGACGUCAGAGUCGUGUAUUGUCGUCUCUGCAAUCGAGAAGAAAGCGGAGCAAUUCGUUGACAAAUUAUCAGAAAAGUCCUGGUACGUCAGUCUCGUUACCGCCAUCAGCACGGCAAACGCCAAUGCGAUUUGGUGAUGAUGAUGCACAUAGGAGCUCGCUUGGCUCGUCGGACUCACAUUCGUCCGUAGCUCGAAGCGAAGAUUACUCUCAGGAUUAUGUAGCUGAGGAAGAUGAGACAGUCAUCUGUCAGUACACUUCGCCAGAAUCAGCACUGCCAUCGACGCGAUCUACAACAAUGCCCACGAAGCUAUGGAGUGCGAUUAGCAGACUUAUACAACGAUCUUACGAUUUCACAAAACCGGUGGAAUGAAUAAAGUGAACAGCGAUACUUUUAGUCAACGUUAAGUUGUCUGAUUCGACUGAUAAAGUACACUUUAAUAAUCAGCUUCUUAUGAAAUCCUUUUAAAUCUCAUCCCAGCUUCAAUUUUAUUGUCGAUGUUGUGAUUAUUGCUACAGUUCGGUUCAUACUUGAUUGACUCUAUUUCAGAAGCUUUAUCAAUAAUGAAUGAACAUGCCUUUCUCUCUUUCAUUACGAAAAAAUUGCUGUUUUUGAUAUACGUUUUAUUUCCUUUUCCCAGUCUAGGAGUCAUGUUUUCUAGCUUUUAUGACACGAUUUUUAUUGAUAGCUGUCACAAAGGCUCCACUGUGCUUAUUAGAGCUCAUUGUCCGGUGUAUAUGUCUAAAUACUUUUUCAGUUUCUCAAUGCUUCUAUCGAUUUCCAUUGACUCAUAUUGUGUCAUCGAUUUUGAUCCCAAAUUUUCAUUUAAUUCUAUAAGUUUUGGUCACAAAUGGCAUUGUAAUUAGAGCAAGUCAAUGAUCUUAGCCCCAUAUGUGUCAGGAAUACACCGGUUACAUCAAUUGUAUGAGUAAAUGUUCGUUUGCUAUUUUUUUUUACGAAUUUCUCGUUACGUUUUACUAAUUUUGCAUCAUUUAUCGUGCGCUGCAGUUCUAGUCAUUAUGAGAAGUUUACAAUCUUGCCGUUCCGUUCAAUAAAUGUUCGCAUCU